ACACACCUUUUUCUUACCAAUACCAAUAACACAACACCCAAGUUGCUCACGGCUCUGACAAAUAAUUAAUAUAAAGAAACAAACAAAACCAAAAAUGGCUGCUUUUUUGCUUCUCGUCCUUUCAAAUUCCCACCCUCCAUCGUUCUAACUCUCUUUCGCAUUUCCCAAUCACAAGUCAUAUUCGCCUUCCUUAAUCCUCCUUCAUCUGCCAAUUUCCAGAUCUAGUCUAUACCUUUUCCCUUUUUCGCCCUUUUAUCCCCCAAUUUCCUGAUAGACCACGUUUCUGAAACCCUAAUUGGUUAAUUCUGUACUUAACCCACAAGUCAACAAUACCCCGAGUAAUUCUCCCGUCAUCAAAUCUCUGAUUAUCAAAAUCUGCACUACCCAUUUUCCUCUUGUUGAUGGGCACAGUCAGGGUUAGCACCGGGGACCUUUCCAAACCCUCAUCUACCUCCUCCUCCCCUUUCCCAACAACCACUUCCACCUCUCGCACUGAGACAAUAAAUGGAUCUCAUGAGUUCAAAAUCGGUGGCUACUCUCUAUCGAAGGGCGUCGGAAUCGGAAAGUACAUAGCAUCGGAUACGUUCUUUGUUGGUGGAUACGCGUGGGCAGUCUACUUUUACCCUGACGGAAAGAGCGCUGAAGAUAACGCCGCUUAUGUGUCCUUAUUUAUAGCCCUCGCAAGCGAGGGUACCGAUGUUAGGGCAUUGUUUGAGCUCUCGCUUAUGGAUCAGAGUGGAAAAGAAAACCAUAAGGUCCAUACCCAUUUUGGAAGAGCUCUUGAGAGUGGACCUUACACACUGAAAUAUCGCGGCAGUAUGUGGGGUUAUAAACGAUUUUUUAAGAGGACUCAACUGGAGACAUCAGACUAUCUCAAAGAUGAUACCUUGGUAAUUCGCUGUUGUGUUGGUGUAGUUAAAUCCCAGACCGAGGGACCAAAGACCUAUACCAUUGCAGUGCCACCCUCUGAUAUCGGUCAGCAAUUUGGAAGGCUUUUAGAAAGUGGAAGGGGUACUGAUGUAAAAUUUGAAGUUGAUGGGGAAGUAUAUGCUGCUCACAAGUUGGUUCUUGCAGCACGUUCACCUGUGUUUAGAGCACAGCUUUUUGGUCCAAUGAAGGAUCAAAACACUCGAUGCAUAAAAGUUGAAGACAUUGAAGUUCCAGUUUUUAAGGCAUUGCUCCAUUUUAUUUACUGGGAUGCCCUACCAGAUGUGGAAGAGCUUGUUUGCCUGAACUCUAAAUGGGCUUCUACACUGAUGGCUCAGCAUCUGCUUGCAGCAGCAGACCGUUAUGCUCUUGAGAGGCUCAGAUUGCUCUGCGAGGCUAAACUUUGUGAAGAUAUUGCCAUAAACACUGUUGCAACAACACUUGCAUUGGCAGAGCAGCAUCAGUGUCUCCAACUAAAAUCUGUCUGUCUCAAAUUUAUUGCGCUGCCUGAAAAUUUGAAAGCUGUGAUGCAGACAGAUGGAUUUGAAUAUUUAAAGGAAAGUUGUCCUUUUGUCAUCACGGAACUUCUACAAUAUGUGGCUAGAAUUGGUGAGCAUUCUGUCAUCUCUUGUGGGCAUGGAAAUGAAAGCUUAGAUGGCAAUAUGAAUGGAAGGCGAGUGAAGCAAAGGUUACAUUGAUUUAGAAAUAUCAUAUGGCUACCACUUGGACAAAACCAGAGUUAGUUAGGCUUAGAAAUUUUUGAGAUUUGUACUAACAGUUGACUAUUUAAUAGAAAGUUUAAUGCUAGUGGCUAUUGUCCUGCGUUCUUUUGCAGUACAUUUGCUAUAUAAUUUAGGAACUCCCAAGUCCUGUCAUUUGCAUUGCACCAAUUAGACGUUUUCUGUGUGAAAUGUAGUGGAUGUCCAGGUGUAGUUUCUGUGUUAUGAAUAUUUACUGUAUAUGCUUUCCUUUCUGGGGAUGACCUGUACGCUGUAGAAGUAGCACAAAAAAAUAUUCCUUCAUAUGUAUUUUAGUUACCAUUGCAUCA